AUGGACACGCUGCCCUUUGGGGGGGACACUGGUGUGGGCAAGUCAAGCAUUGUGUGGAGAUUUGUAGAAGACAGCUUUGAUCCCAACAUCAAUCCAACAAUAGGAGCCUCAUUUAUGACCAAAACUGUACAGUAUCAAAAUGAGUUGCAUAAAUUCCUAAUUUGGGAUACAGCUGGACAGGAGAGGUUCCGUGCUUUAGCCCCAAUGUACUACAGAGGAUCAGCUGCAGCCAUUAUAGUUUAUGACAUCACGAAAGAGGAAACUUUCUCAACGUUAAAGAACUGGGUGAAAGAACUUCGACAACAUGGACCUCCAAACAUUGUUGUAGCUAUUGCAGGAAAUAAGUGCGAUCUUAAUGACGUAAGAGAAGUCAUGGAAAAAGAUGCUAAAGACUAUGCAGAUUCUAUCCAUGCAAUAUUUGUAGAGACAAGUGCGAAAAAUGCAAUAAACAUUAAUGAACUCUUUAUAGAAAUUAGUCGUAGAAUUCCAUCAACUGACACCAACCCCCCACUUAGUGGUAAGGGCUUCAAGCUUAGAAGACAGCCAUCGGUGACAAAACGCAGCUGCUGUUGACUGAUUCCUUAGAAAAUCAGACUUGUUUAUACAGUAGGUGGUCUUGGAAGUUAAUAGUUCAUGUUGGGUUUAUAUUAUCAGUCUUAGAUCUUUAUCUGCUGGUGUUCUUACACCCAAGGUCCCACAAAAGAGGACCAGUUCAUCUGACAUCUGUAUGCUCGCAGAAGAGACUGCAAUCAUAAUGUCAGCCUGUUUACUUACAAAAUGUGUAGUAGUAUCUCUUGUAUUCAAAGGGAAUCCAUCAUCACUUUUUUGGCCUUGCUUGAAAGGAAGGUGACUAUAUGGAUGGUAGAAAUGAAAUGUUUAAUAGUUUUGUAAUCAAGAUUCUAUGUUUUUUGUAAAAAGGGAUAUGAGCACUUUUGUCGGACUUGGGGGUGGGAGGAAUCUGUUGAAAUUUGAGUCAGUCGGAUGGCAUUUCUUCCUUUUCUUCAGUGAGCCUUAUUUUAAAUGUAACUGUAGCUAAUCCAAAGUAUAAUGGGACAGUUGGCUUGCGGUGGCUACGAAAUAAGCAACUGAAGACAUGAUGAGCAAAUCAGUCCAUCCAGUCCCCAAAUCCCAUUUGCACUUUUUAUUUAAAGAUAUUAUGUGGGGCAGGGGGAACA